AGGCACUGGUGACAGUUGGACCAGAGAUAAAGCCGGCGGCCAUGUUGAAGAAGUCAGAGAUGCCGAAGCCAGAGAUGCCGAAGCCAGAGAUGCCAAAGCCAGAGAUGAAGAAGACAGAGAGACCAAAGUCAGAGAUGCCGAAGCCAACAAUUAAAAAGAGAGCGAUGAAGAAGACAAUUUAUUCCAACACCUUUGAGGCGGCAGAUUUAAACAUCAAGCCCAGAUGUGGCUGGAAGAGGAGAAUACUAUCUGACUCCUCUGAUGAUGAGAAGGUCUCCAUCAAGAGAAAGGUUGCUAGAAAGUUGUCAUCAAGCUCAGAUGAGACCAGUGAUGAGAGGACACAAAGUAGAGGCCCUCAGGGAGAUGCAGAAGGAGGGAAAACCAGCAGUGCUUCAACCCCCUGCCUCAGAGAUGCAGUCUCUAGCACCAUCCAGAGACUGGAGUUUUACCAUCAGUUAGGCCAAGGUGCCUUUGGGAAGGUCCUGCUGGCAGCCGACUCACAUACCAACGAGUUGUUAGCUGUGAAGAUCAUGAGCAAACGACAUCUGCUACAUGUGGGCGAAAAAGUUGCCUUUGUGGAAAGGAAAGUGCUAGAACUUGCAUCAGAAAGCACCUUCCUCAUUCACGGCCACUUCGCCCACCAGACCAAGGUACGGCUGUAAAUGCCUCUUUAUUGCUAAAUAUCCAGACAUACAUCCUAUAUGUUUGUUAUCUUCUGCUGUGACUUUUAUUUCCUAUAAAGUAACUCUCAUCUAAAUGGAAAGCACAAUAUACUGGCAUUAUAUAAAUGUUAAUACUUCUCCAGAACUGCAUGUAUACUGUAUCCAUAGCACUUAGGGGUCCAUUUAUCACACAAUACUAGCUGCAAAUAUUAUGUAUCCCCCAAUGUAAGAAGGAGGUAUCUCAUACCUGCUGCGAUCACUCUAUUUCCACCAGCAGCCACAUCCAUCAUAGGUUUCUUUGGGGGAUGCAAUAC